UCAGACACUAGUUGAUGAUAAUGUGCUCAUCACAGGACUCUGAUGACUGAACCCACAGUCGUUUCUUGGUGUUGAGCGGAUGGCAUCUGUCGCUUCCGUGGAAACUCUCUCCAACAGGAAUCAUACGGCAACAAGCUCGCUUUAAACGCGGACAUGGGUGUUCCUCCAGGCAUGAAUUUCCACGCAUUUUUGUUCCUGGUUGUUUAAUUUCGACUGCGAUCGCACCGUGGCUACAUACACAGACUGUCAUGUUUUUCUUUUUCAUGCCACUCUGAUAACUUUGCUCGUCGAGACAGAAAGCACUUUUGCGUGGAUUAUUGUGCCUGAAUAAUGGUUCCCAGGAGCGUGCUGCGUCCUGCUGCCUUUAGGAAACAACUUCAAACAGCGCUUGCUGUAACCAUGCUUACCAGUUUCAUGAUUUAAUAAUAUAAGGGAUAUGAGCAACGCCAAAGGCGGCGGGAUGGCAUCGAAGGAAAGACUGCACGAGCUGUGGAUGUUGUAUUACACAAAGAAAGACGUAGGUUAUCUGCAGCAGUGGCUGGAGGCGUUUGUGGCGUCCUUUGAGAGACUCGUUGAUGUGCAGUCACUGGAGUCGCGGAGGCUGGAGGAGUGCAGCUCCGAGGUGCCCAUGCUUUCCAAGGAGGUCCUGGUGCUCCUUGGUAAACAGCUAUGGGAGAGUGCGGACCACCUCUCAGACCCCCCCGAGUCCAACGGCACCCUCCCUCACCCCCUGCUCAUCAUCAAGUUCUUCAUCAUUGUCUGCAGGAAUAUGGAGAACAUAGACCCAGACAACACCCCUAGUUUUGUUUUUGAAACCAUCAAGCUUUUGAAUGUCUGUUUAAGCCAGCUUAAGAAGGGCGAAGGGGAGCAGUCGUCUCUGGAGAUGGUUGUGCAGUAUGGAUUUGUGCUGUUUGAGAGUCUCUUUGACCCUUAUCAGACGUGGAGGAGAGGCCUGGCAGGGGAGGAGGUGAGCCUGCUGGAGAGGAACAAGUAUAAGUUCUCCCCGCUGGUCUUGCCAGAGGAGCUGUCUGCCCUCUUCCAUGAAAGUCUGCAGGAAAGCGAGAAGCUACCAGAGGUCAUCACACUAAGAUUUGUCCAUCUCCAGGGCGCUAUCAUCAGCGGAGGAAGGAAGAAUGGCCUUCUCUCCAUCACCCCUUCCUCGGUUGAGGACCUGUUCUCUGUUCUGAGAGUGUGGUGCUGCCGGGCCUCGACAGAACCCAAGAGCACUUCUCUCUCCCGGCUGACGCUGCAGUGCCUGACGGCGAUGAUCCACCUGCUGCACGCCAGCAGCCCUGCUGAGCGGCAGCUGGAGAUCAGGACCAUACUGGAGAGCUACUUCCAGCUGCUCAACUGGAACCGUCCUCUCAGCAGUGAGCUGCAGGAGAGGCAGAACUGGGAGGAGAGCCUGAUCUCUCUCCAGCGCCAAAUGCUAACUGCUGUCCCUGAGAUCCUGCAGUGCCCUGACAGGCCCGUCCUGCAGGCUGUGUUCCUCAACAACAACUGCUUUGAACACAUCCUCAGACUGGUUCAGAACAGCAAGCUCUUUCAGAGCAACAUGCUUAGACCGGAUCGUGAGGUUGUGUGUGACCUCACUACUUGUUUACUCACAGAGCUCGAAGUGGACCAGGUUUUGGAGAAAGGAUCAGACAGUAUUACAGUUCAUGCUCUAGGAGUCCUCACAGCUAUAAUGAAUAACUCACCCUCUGCUAAGGAGGUUUUCAAGGAGAGGAUUGGUUACUCGCAGCUGUUUGAUGUGCUGAAGAGUCAAGGUCAACCCACCAAGAGGCUUCUGCAGGAGCUGAUGAACAUGGCAGUGGAGGGUGAGCAUGCCCACGCCCAUCACCUUGGCAUCAGUAACGACCAGCCUUUGCUGCUGCUCCUGCAGUGGCUCCCUGACCUGUCACGUCAGAGGGACCUGCAGCUGCUGGUGGCCCAGUGGCUGGCCACCGUCUGCGGCGGCUCCCUAUCCUGCCGCACCGUGGCUGUCGAGGCGGGCAUGGUGUGGGCUCUGCUGCAGGUGCUCUCACAGCCCCAGAAUCUGGACAGGCAGUGUGCAGACGCCCUGCUGGGCCUCCUGCAGGACCUGGGCUCCCUGUGUCUGAGACCUGAGGAGCUGAAGGGCCUGCUCAGACUGCUCAGAGUGGAUCAGGACAAUGGCGCGGUCGUGGGGAAGGUGCACCCCUACUGCUCUCGCGUCAUCCAAGUGCUCUCGGCCAUAGCGGCCAGAGAAGGCCAGGACAGUGCCUUGCAAUACUUUGACCUCACGCCCCCCAUGGCUGGCAUCAUGGUGCCCACAGUCCAACGCUGGCCAGGCAGCGGGUUUGCCUUUCACGCCUGGCUCUGCCUCAACAUGGAAUUCCCGUGUCAUUCAGAGUCCUCUAAUCACCGCAAACCUCGUGCAAACUCUGUCACAGGGGUUCAGUAUGACAUGGGAAAAGGACCCCGCAGGAAGCAGCUCUACAGUUUCUUCACAGCAAGUGGAACGGGGCUGGAGGCCUUCUUCUCCAUAGAGGGAGUGCUGGUGGUGGCUGUCUGCACUAAGAAAGACUACAUGGCUGUCACGCUGCCAGAGUACCCACUAUCAGACUCAUGCUGGCAUUCAGUGGCUAUAGUCCACAUCCCAGGCCGUCGUCCGUUCGGUCAGAACCUGGUCACCAUCUACAUCGACGGAGAGCAGCGUAAAACUGCUCCGCUUCGCUUUCCAUCUUUCAGUGAGCCUUUUACUUCCUGCUGCAUCGGAUCUGCGGGCAACCGGACCACCACCACCACCACCACCACCUCCCCCAACCUGCCCAUGUCCUCGUCUUCUAACCCAUCGACGCCGGAGUUUUCCUUCCCCCCCCAUGGACCCUCCCUUAUCCGUUCCCAGUCCUUCCCAGCUACCUUUGCAGGGGGUCGCUGGGGGUCUUUGAGAGAGACCGCAGUGCACACCAUCCCAGCAGGACUGCAGGACACAGAGUGGGGAACCCCCACGUCUCUGGAUGGGCUCCUGGGCACCGCGUUCAUCUGCCACGAGGCUCUGCAGCCGGCACAGACCAGAGCUCUGCACGCUGCAGGCCCGAAUCACGUGUCCUUAUUCAAAGCGGAGGGAGAGUUAUCUGAUCUCAACAGCAAGCUUCUUCUGUACUACACUCCACAGGCCUUCAAGAGCCAGAUAUGUCUGGACCUGUCGCCCAAUCACCUAUAUGAUGGCAGGCUCACAGGACACAGUGUAGUGAACUGGGACAUCAAGGUUAGAUGUGACACAAUUAAAUAG